AUGGCAUCCACCAGAACAAAAGCUCUUACCAAAUUGGUAAAAAUUAAUACCCCGUUCAAACGAGUUGUUUCAACGUCGACUCCCAGCCACCAGGGGGCGCAAGUGCUCACUGUUGGAGCAGACAUUGCAGGAACGUGUCCAUUUAGAAAAACUUUCGAAACAAUUGAUAAUAUGAUAAAGAAACCGCUUCCAACAUCGGCAUACCAAGUGGAAUCUCCAGAAAUCGCCACCAAAUUACAAAGCUACGACGCCAUACCCGGACCCAAAGGCCUUCCUAUUGUUGGGACACUGUUCGAUUACUUCAAAAAGGACGGUCUCAGAUUCAGCAAAAUGUUUGAGGCAUACAGAAUACGAGCUUUGGAAUUUGGACCAAUCUACAAAGAGAAAAUAGCAACAAUUUCUACCGUUAUAAUAAGCGAUCCCGCAGAGUAUAACAAAGUGAUACGAGACGAAGGCAAAUAUCCCAAACGACGUGAGAUGGAACCUAUGGCUUAUUACAGAACAAAGAACGGCAUUGGACUGGGGCUUGUCAAUGCACAAGGAGAGGAAUGGCAUAAAUACCGAACAGUAGUCAGUAAAAAGAUGCUGAAAAUGAAGGAGGUUCUAGACUACUGCGGAUCCAUGGAUACUGUGGCUGAAGAUUUUGUCCAUCACCUCAAGGCCAAGAGCACUGCCAACCACGAGGUUCCUGUCCUCGAGAAGGAAAUCUUCAAAUGGGCUAUGGAAUCAAUUGGUACAUUUCUGUUCGAGGAAAGGAUUGGUUGUUUCGGAAGUCCAACCCCGCAACAAGCGCAAGAUUUCAUAGACAACCUCCAAGGUUUCUUCAAACUGAUGCAACCUCUCAUGUAUAACGUCCCCAUCUACAAAAUCCUCCCUACUAAAAUGUGGAACCAGUACGAAAGCUACGCUAACCAGGUUAUGAAAAUCGGUCGAUCUUUUGUUGAUAAGAAAGCAAAGGCUCUGGAAGGCGUUGUCCCCGAAGAAAACGAGAAAGUCUCGUUUUUGACGUAUCUGAUGUCACAGGAGUCCCUAACUCCUGAAGACGCCCUCUCUACAGCUGUCGACUUGCUUGUAGGAGCCACUGAAACGACAUCUAACGGCUCGCUGUGGGUGAUGUACUGCCUUGCUAAGAACCCAAAAGUACAGGAAACACUCUUUCAAGAAAUCCAGUCUGUCCUACCUAGCAAGGAGGCGAUAACUCCGGAAACCCUCAACAAACUACCUUACAUCAAAGCUGUCAUUAAAGAGACAUUCAGGUUAUAUCCGAUCACGUUCGCUACCAGCAGAUUUGUGCAGAAGGACAUAGAAGUGGGUGGAUUUAAUCUACCGGCAGGAACCCAUGUCCAAGCUAAUCUAUAUGGAAUGUUCCGAGAUCCCGAGUAUUUCCCAAAUCCAGAAGAGUUCCGUCCAGAGAGAUGGCUCAGAGAGGCAAACAUGGACUCCAACAUCAAGGCACUUUCCAACCUUGUGUGGGGACAUGGAGCAAGAAUGUGUAUAGGUCGCAGAUUUGCAGAACAGGAGAUGCACAUUAUGUUAUCAAAGAUGGUACAGAACUUCAAGAUCGAGUACCAUCAUGAAGAUAUUGAACCAGUUUUAAACACAGUCAUGACUCCAGACAGACCUCUUCAACUUUCGUUCAUACCUAGAGAAAGUGUAUGA